ACUUUAUAAAACCUUUGUCUGAAACUGAUUACUGAGAUAUCUUUCGCCUUCACUCUUCUUCUUCGUUUUCGAUUUUUUACAACAACAAAAAAAUGGCAACUCUUUCAGUUCCUUCUCAUGUUCCUUCUCCUUCUGAAGAUUGUGAACAACUCAAAAAAGCUUUUGAUGGAUGGGGAACAAAUGAGAAGUUGAUCAUAUCCAUAUUGGCUCACAGGAAUGCAGCUCAACGCAAGGCAAUCCGACAAACUUAUACUGAAAAUUUUGGAGCUGAUCUCUUGAAAACUCUUGAUAAAGAACUUACAAGUGAUUUUGAGAGUCUGCUGCAUUUGUGGACAUUGGACCCUGCUGAACGAGAUGCUACAUUGGCUAAUAGAGCUGUAAAAAAAUGGACUGCAAGUAACCAGGUUCUUCUUGAAAUCGCUUGUACAAGGUCUUCACAUGAUCUGUUUUUGGCAAGACAAGCCUAUCAUUGUCUUUUCAAGAAAUCCAUUGAAGAAGAUGUUGCACAGCACACCACUGGGGACUUUGGCAAGCUUUUGGUACUUCUUGUGACCUCAUUUCGAUACGAAGGACCAGAGGUGAACACGACACUGGCAAAACAAGAAGCCAAAAUACUCCGCAAACAUAUUACUGACAAUGCCUGUAAUCAUGACGAAGUCCUUAGGAUUCUUGCGACUAGGAGCAAAACUCAGCUCAAUGCGACCCUCAAUCACUACAAUAACGAAUUUGGCAAUGCUAUUAACAAGGAUCUCAAGUCUGAUCCCAAGGACGAAUUCCUCAAAGCAUUAAGAUCCACAAUCAAGUGCCUAACAACUCCUGAAAAAUAUUUCGAGAAGGUUCUGCGCUUGGCGAUUAACAAAACAGGAACAGACGAGGGAGCUCUUACUCGAGUUAUUGCUACUCGUGCUGAGGUUGACAUGAAACAUAUAGCAGCAGAGUAUCAGCGAAGAAGCAGUAUUCCACUUGAUAAAGCCAUUAUCAAUGACACCCAUGGAGAUUAUGAAGACUUGCUUCUUGCUUUGAUCGGUCAUGAAAAUGAUGCAUGAUUAGGAGUUUCUCGGAUAUGCAAUAUUACAACCAGGGUUUCACCGUUCAGUGUUGUGUGCUGCUUUUAGUUCAUAGAACAUCAUAGUUUUCUAUAUCUUUCUUAUAGGUACUUUCUGCAUCUUUAUGUGUCAUAUGACUGACUAUAAUGCGAUUUGGAUUUCUGUAUAAGUGGUUUUGCUUUUCAUUAAUGAAUAAAUAUGGUAGCCUUUGGUUUUAAACU